UCCGUGAGGAUUUCCAAUGCUUCCAUUGUUAGGGCUGAAUUUUAUUGCACCAAAUUGAGGUCUCUUCAAAACCCUAGAACGCAGAGGGAGUCUCAAGGGGAACUUGUAGUGGUCCUAAUCUGCAAUUCCAGUGUGUACACGCGCAAUUCAGAGAAAUUGUUGAAAUGCGGUAUCGGGUAUGGGGGAGGGUAAUCAGCAUCUUAAUGUUACUAUUCAAUCAUCCUUUAUGAUGCUGAAAAUGUUUCCUUCCAAUGCUGGAGUUUGAAUAUUCUCGACCAUUUACAUGAAAUUCCUUUGUUAUGGAUCUGAUUCUUGUCUUAAACGUAUGGAAGAGGGACAUCUCUAGCUCUCUAGGCAGGAAUGCAUGGAUGCAAUUCAGCAUCUGUUUUUAUAGUCAAUGCUGAGGUUGAUUCGAUGGGAGGAGUUGUUGAAGACGGAGUCACCGGGACAAAAACUUCUCCACGACGUGCGGCAAUUGAGAAGGUUCAGGCAGAGCUCAGGCAGGAGUAUGAUGUUCGAGAGGAAAGGAGAAGGGAGUUGGAAUUUCUUGAGAAAGGUGGAAACCCUUUAGAUUUCAACUUUGGGAAAGCUACUUCUGUUAGUGUCCAGUCUACUUCGCCAACUGAUCAACCUGCUGAACUCAUCGUGACUAGUGAAGCAAAAGGUAGUUUCCCGUUUACCGCUUCACCUCAUGGAGAUUCAGUUGAAAGCAGUGGCAGGCCUGGAGCUCAUUCUGCUUGUGAACCCAAUAGUGCUGAUAAUCUUAUGUUAUUUGAUGGUGAUAAUGAUUCUGUGGAUGGUGAUAGGAGCUCUGCACACCCUAAUAGGACUAGCAUUGCUCCUUCCGAGCAUUCAUCCCAGCAGGGUGGAAGUCAUAAUGCUAAAGAAUUGGGUGAUUCUGCUACUUUUAGUUUCCCAAAGAAAGCAUAUAAACGGCGUUUUAGACCAAGCCGUGAUGGUGUUCGCCCAAGCUCAACUGAUGCAGUUUUUGGUCGUAGUCCUCAUGGAUCUUCUCUAUCUUCCCAGCAUGCAUCCAAGGAGACUAAGGGAUUGGUCUCUGAAGAAAAGAAAGUUAAGGAACAGAAAGUUACUUUAAAUUCUGAUUCAAAAACUCUCAGUCCUAAUGGUGUUCCAGUGAGUAAGACUGUACCAUCUGAAGGUCAGUUGGAUGUGGAGGUGGGCUCUGGAAAUGGUGUGGAGUCUGCUACAAACCUAAUUAAAAAUGAUCUACCCGCUAACAUUGUCAGCUCUAAUACCUCAAAAGAUAUUCAGAGGGAUCAACAUGAUCACAAAUCUGCUGUUGAUAGUAAUAAAUCUCUUGUGGUCCCUCUUGGAGAUACUAUAAACAAGGGAAAAGAAGAGGUAGUCCCUGUGACUGAAGUGAAGAAUCAAUCUGGUACUGGUCAAGUUAAUGGUUUUGACAGCACCGCUAGAGAUGACAAUCUACUAGCAAGUGAUGGUCAAAACAACAGUGCUGCACCAGCUACAAAGCUUUUAGAUUCAGAGUCGUCUUGCGCCCAAGCUAGUUUUAGCAUAGACAGGAACAAUGUUAGUGAAAUGUGUACGGACACUAAGAUUGUUGGUUCUAAUGGUAAUUUUACGGAACAGACCACUUUGAUACCACCAAAACCAAAUGUGGAAGGAGAGUUAAUUGUUGAAGAAAAGAAAGAGACUAAAGUUGAUGAUAGGAGUACUUUGACAGAGAAUGAAUGUAACUUGACUCAGCAAAGCCAAAAGGACAAUGGGUUUGUUCUGAAAGCCCAGGAAGAAAUUAAUGACGGUGGAUCUGCCAUACAAGAUAACUCAGCGGAUCCAAACCAAAGUGAACCGAAGCAUCAAAUUGUUGAAAGCAUGGAAAUUGAUGACUGCAACAGAGUUUGUUCAGGAACAGAAACGAAUGCUGUUCCUCCCGCUGACAACUUGGAUCCUUCAAGUGCAAAUAUUUGCAAUCUUAGGCCUGAGUGCACUGAUUCCUCUGUGCUAAGCCUACCAAAGACUGCAUCACCUGAUAGUGUGCCAAUUACUGCCACAGAUGGUCAUAAAUCUUCGGAUAUGAACUCUGAGGCAAACAAGAUUGAUGAGGACACUAUUUUGGAGGAAGCAAGAAUUAUAGAGGCAAAACGUAAGAAGAUUGCUGAAUUAUCCAUGGCAAACUUGUCGACCAGGAAUCAUCGGAGAUCUCAUUGGGAUUCUGUACUUGAGGAGAUGUCAUGGUUGGCCAAUGAUUUUGCUCAGGAGCGCAUUUGGAAGCUCACUGCUGCUGCAAAAAUGUGCCAUCUAGUUACGUCUACAACUCGGUUCAGAUUCCUUGAACAGACUAAUUGUCGGGAGCAUAAGAAAGUAGCCCACAUCUUAGCCAAUGCUGUCAUGGAGUUCUGGCUUUCUGUCGAGGAGAAAAGGGAACUGCAGGAGCUGCAAUAUUCAAGAAAAGAUGGUUCUUUUGCUCUUCGAGAAUAUGCAGUGAGAUUUUUGAAGCAUAACACUGUUGAUGUUCUCUAUACUCCCGCGGAAGCUCCAAAGACUCCUGACAGGAUUUCAGACUUGGGAAUUUCAGGGAUGUCGUGGGAGGAUCAUUUAACUGAGGAGAAUCUGUUCUACACAGUUCUACCUGGUGCUGCAGAAUCGUACAGAAGAUCUAUUGAAUCUCGUACUGCAAAAUAUGAGAAAACCGGCAGUAGUGUACAAGAGGAAGUGGAGACAUCGGCGUGUGAAGUUGUACCAGAUUUUGGAUAUCAGGAUCAUGUAUAUGAAGAGGAUGAAGACGAGACAAGCACGUACGAUACAUCAGUAGCCUUUGACGGUAGCAGAUCUUCAAGGUUUUCGCAUAAGAAAUGGAAGAACUCACCAAAGGCGUACAAUUCAAGAUCAUAUGAAGUUGUUGCUGAAUCACCAUUUAUGCAAUGCAUGGAAAAUAGGGCUGGGAUCCAACAACAUGUUCAAUUGGGAAAACGUCCUGCUAGCAGUCUUCAUGUGUCAUUUCCAACAAAGCGCACGCGGACUAAUAUCAGGCCCAGAGUUAUAAGUCCCUUUGGGCCUGGACCAUCUGGAUCUGUCCAGAUCACACCUAAGACUGAUGCAUCAAGUGGUGAUACCAACUCAUUUCAGGAUGAUCAGAGCACCAUGCAUGGUGGAUCAAACAUUCCAAAUAACUUGGAAGUUGAGUCAAUGGGGGACUUUGAAAAGCAAUUACCAUUUGACUCAGUGGAAAUCUCGACGAAAAAUAAAAAGAAGAAGAAACCGAAGCAUCUGGGUUCUGGGUAUGAGCAUGGAUGGCAAGUUGACACCAAUUUUCAGCGGGAUCAGAGGGAUUACUCCAAGAAGAGAUCAGAUGGUCAUCAGUUGGAAUCAAAUGGUAGCAGUGGUAUGUAUGGACAACAUAUUGCUAAAAAACCAAAGACCAUGAGGCAAUCACUUGAUAAUUCUUAUGAGAGUGGUGCUCCAGUUGGUGGGUCUGCGCCUUCUCCAGUGGCCUCCCAGAUCAGUAACCAGAAUAAGAUAAUGAAAAUGCUUACUACUCGUGGUAGGAAAAACAAAGGUUCAAAGAUGCCUGCUGGUGAGAUGGGUUCUGGAAGUCCAUGGACUCUAUUUGAAGAACAGGCCCUCGUUGUUCUUGUGCAUGAUUUGGGUCCUAACUGGGAGCUCGUUAGUGAUGCUAUAAACAGUACAUUGCAGUUUAAGUGCAUAUUCCGCAAUCCUAAAGAAUGCAAGGAGCGCCAUAAGAUCUUGAUGGACAGGACUGUUGAUGGGGCUGACAGCACUGAAGAUUCAGGAUCCUCUCAACCUUAUAAUUCUACUCUUCCUGGCAUUCCUAAGGGACAGGCUCGACAAUUAUUUCAGCGUUUGCAAGGGCCAAUGGAAGAGGAUACCCUUAGAUGUCACUUUGAUAAGAUCAUCAUGCUUGGACAGAAACUCCAUAGUCGAAGGAAACAGAAUGAUAUGCAGGAUCCAAAGCAGCUCCAGCCACCUCAUAAUUCUCAUAUGUUUGCUCUUAACCAGUAUAUUCCAAAUUAUUUGAAUGGAGGACCCCCUCUCACACCUCUGGAUCUCUGUGAUGCUACUGCACCUAGUAAUGACAUGCUUACUCUGGGGUAUCAAGGCCAGCCUGGUGGGAUGCAUUUGUCACCUCAGACUCCAAUGACUCCUAUGCUUAAUGGAUCUGGUGUAAAUUCAUCUGCUGCUGGGUCCUCCAACAUGGUUGUUGGCAACAACUUCUCGUCCUCGCCAAAUCAAGUCAAUACUUCUGUCAGGGAUGCAAGGUACGUUGUUCCCAGGUCGGCAUCUUUGUCAAAUGAAGAACAGCAAAGAAUGCAGCAGUAUGGCCAGUUGUUGCCUGGUAGAAACCUUCCGCAGUCAAACUCACCAUCCUCUGGUGGUCUUCCUGGAAAUGACCGUGGAGUUCGUAUGCUACCUGGUGGAAAUGGCAUGGGCAUCGCAAGUGGUAUCAAUCGAAACUCACCGGUUGCAAGGCCUGGUUUUCAGGGGAUUGCUUCAUCUUCCAUGCUCAAUUCUGGGAGUAUGAUAUCCCCGGGUAUGGUUGCUAUUCAGAGUCCUGUGAACAUGCACCCUGGAGUAGGUUCUGGACAAGGGAAUACGAUCAGACCCCGUGAUGCUUUACAUCUAAUGCGGCCGAACCAGAAUUCGGACCCUCAACGACAAAUGCAAGGACCUGAGCUCCAGAUUCAAGCAUCACAAGGAAGCAACCCUGGAAUUGCACCUUAUGGUGCGAUAGGCUCCUCAUUCCCGAACCAGGCAGGGUCUCCGCCUGUUGCUUCAUACCAACUUCAUAAUCAGCAGUCACAUGGGAUGGCUCAACAGCAGCCCCAUGUUCAUCAUCCCAAUCUUCAAGGAACAAAUCAUGUCUCAAGUCCACAACAUCAAGCAUAUGCCACCGCGCGCCUGGUCAAAGAAAGACAGCUGCAGCAACAGCGUAUUAUGCAACAGCACCAGCAGCAGUUUUCAUCAUCAAACUCCAUGAUGCCUCAUGUACAGCCCCCAUCCCAACUUCCCAUUUCAUCUCCACAGAGUAGUUCGCAAGUUCAACCUCAAACAUCUCCAGCUGCAUCUCUCUCACCCCUGACAUCUGCCUCUCCUGUGGCGUCACAGCAGCAGCAGAAGCAUCAAGGACCACCGCAUGGGCAUGCCCGGAAUGCCCAAUCUUCAGGAAGCGGUCCUACCAAUUCAUUGACUAAGCCUAGGCAACGUCAGUCUCAGCAGCCACAGCAGCAGUUUCAGCAAUCUGGACGACACCAUCCUCAGCCACGACAACAAUUGCAUCCUCAACAGCAGGCUAAAAUUAUGAAAAGUGUGGGUAGAGGGAACGUGAUGAUGCAUCAAAAUAUUCCAAUUGAUCCAUCACUGCUAAAUGGCCUUUCAACAAAUCCUGCAAACCAAACUGUUGAGAAAGGGGAACAGCCAAUGCAUUUAUUGCAUGGUCAGGGGCUAUAUUCUGGGACAGCAAUGAACCCUGUCCAAACUGGGAAGCAGCCAGUGCCUCAUUCCUCAAGCCAGUCCCAGCCUCAGCACAAGAUUCUCAGCCAAGUGCCCCCGUUGGCUAAACAUCUCCAGCAAAUGCCUUCUCAUUCUGAUACUCCUGGUCAAGAUCAUAUUUCCCCGGUUGCUUCCAGUCCUGUUUCCACUGGUCAUCAGUCAGUUCAACCUCUCAUCAUGCCUUCUUCAAAUCAUCAGCCCACGCAAGUGCAGACAAAUCAGAAGUUGGGGAAUCUGAACCAGUCAUCUGUUCAGAGAGUGUCCCAGCAAAAUCGACACAUGAAUUCCGACCUAUCUAGCAAGCUGCAGGGAGGGGAAACUCAAUCAAGCCAGAAUUCUACAUCUAAUUCAUCUCAAAUAGGUGCUAUGGCAACAACACCAAAAACCUCUAAUGAUGCAACUAAUGGGAUGCAGGUGCUCUCUCCUGCUAGUGGUCCUCAGUGGAGAGCUUCAGACCCAUUGUACGAUUCUGGCACCUCAAGCCCGGUGACAACUUUCAGUCCUGUAGGGACCUCACCCACGAUAUCUUCUGGCAGUGAGCCUUUGUCUCAAUCAGGACAAAAGGGGCUAGGGUCGAGGCAGUCCUCAGGGAACUUCCCUCCCGUUGGAAUGGAAGUCGGUGCGCAGUGGCAACAGUCAUCGCAGGUGCAACAAUCCCCAUCACCUGUCUCCCAGCAGCAGCUGCUGCCAUCACAUCAGCAGAUGCAAUUGCCAUCCCAACAGAACUCUCAACAGCAGGGGCAGCUUGGGGGAAAUGGCAGCAAUUUGUUUGUUAGAUCCUCUGACUCUAGAUUGGAAUGA